AUGCAAUUAGCAGACGCAACUCAAAUCCUAUUUUCCAGCUCAGUCACCUUAAGAAACGUCAAAGAGCACAAGUUUCUCAAAUCCAACAACGCUGACGGCCUAGUCACAGCCACAGGUCUACACCCUUUAAUUUCAUACUCUGAUUCAGAAUCUUCCCAACAAUUUAUCAUAAUUAAUUCUCAAAACAAAGACUACAAAGGCCUAGUCACUUUCGGCUCAGCCAUAUCUCUCACAACCCCAAAUGGCGGCUACCUCUCCUUCAACGCUAACCGUGAGGUAAAAAUCGAAAAAAGUGAGUCAGCCGCCAACAAUAAACUUGUGAAAUGGACCAUUUUCAGUGCAAAUAACCCAGGCAUUAAAAGACCUGUGACUUGUUAUGAUGAUAUUGUAUUGAAAACUCCUUUUGGCGAGCUCAUUGUGGACGCAUCUGGGGUGGUUUCUGCAAAUGGCCAAGGAUCAUGCCAAGAAAGCACGUGGAAAAUUAUGAGGGCAAAUGUGCCUUUUAUUCCUGACUGGGUAUAUACGAGGCCUAAUUUAAACCAUAAUGAUUUAGUCCUGAAUAGAAGUCCAUAUACUGAAGUUUCUAGUAAAGGCUUGUCCUUUAGAAGAAGAACAUUCCCUGAAGAAGGCAAAAACCUUGAGAAUUUCCCUAUUGCUGGCCAAGAGCAGCUUCUUCUUGAAGAUCUUUUAUUUUCUUUGCAUAGUAUUGAAGGGACCUAUAUAAAAAGGAAGCAAGAAGAAAAUGAUGAUUCUAAAGUCUUCACAUUUGCAGUGGAGCCUUAUUUAGAUAAGCCAACCUGUGAUGAGUCUCUUUUAUAUCUUAUCAGCAAAAUCCUUCCCCUCUGUGCAUACCAUGACCAAGUCUCUACUUUUUUAAAUAUCCACUCAAAUUAUGCCUUUGGCUUAGUAAGCCACGCCCUCUGCGAAGCAAUUUCUUCAUUAUUAAAAGAAUACAGCUUAAAAAUCACUCAAAUUGAUGCAGAAUAUAUAAAAGGGGACAUGACGAUCCAGAAACUGUGGUUUUAUUUGCAGCCGUGCUUGAGGACUAUGGAAAGUUUGACUAAAUUUGUAAAUGAGGCUGAAAACCUAAAAGGAGGAGCUAUGCUUAAUGAAAUUUAUAGAUGUAUGACGUCAGCUAGUGACCCUCAAAAUAAAAGGCUAUUCAGUUUUUUGAUGGAAAAAUCGUCAGUGCCUUAUUUAGAGAUGCUGAGUACGUGGAUACAUUAUGGAGAAAUUGAUGACCCUUAUGAAGAAUUUUUGAUAAAAGAACAAAAAGAGCAUAGCAAAGAAAAUUUGAAUAGGGAUUUUAAUGAUAAUUAUUGAGACAAGAGGUUUGAAUUUAGGGAAUCACAAGUGCCGCUAUUCCUACAAAAACUGACUGGAAAAGUGCUUUUUACUGGAAAGUAUUUGAACGUUAUUAGGGAGUGCGGAAAAACUGUGGAGUGCCCAUAUGCAGAUGAGCUGGAUCCGAAAAAGAAUCCGAAAUUGCUAUCAAAUAUAGGGAAUCAUAGAGAUUUUAUCGAGCCAAUAGAGCAUGCGUAUGAGUGGGCUUCACAAAGGCUCUUAUCUUUGAUUUUAGAAGAAGAGCAGCUAAUAAGCCGAUUGAAAUCUAUCAAGCAUUAUUUCUUUUUAGAUCUUGGAGACUUUUUCGUCCAUUUUAUGGACAGUGCUGAAGAUGAGCUGGCUAAGCACAUAAGAAUGGUCUCACGAGAAAAACUUGAAUCAUUACUUGACCUCUCUUUAAGAACCUCCUCUGCAAAUUUUGAUAAAUUCAAAGAAGACGUGACCUGUGAGCUUCAAUCUUACACUCUUCUAGAGCAGCUUUACGCUAUGCACAAUAUUUGUGGAAACUUAAAGCCCAAUACUGAAGCUUCCCCAAUAUUUACUGUAGCUCAAAGUUUCAAAGGUCUUGAAGCUUUUGUUCUUGACUACAAGGUAAGGUGGCCUCUGACACUAAUUAUUUCUCACAAAGCAUUAAUGAAGUACCAGCUGAUAUUUAGACACUUAUUCUUCUGCAAAUGGGUGGAAAGACAGCUGUGCAGCACUUGGCUUCUGCAUCAGUCUACAAAAGAAUUAGACGUCCAAGGUGCUUUUUCAGCCUCAUAUUGUCUCCGCCAGAGGAUGCUUCAUUUUGUCAAAAAUUACGUCUAUUAUAUGGAAGUCGAAGUCCUUGAAGAAAAAUGGCACAGUUUUAGUGAAAAAUUAAAAACUGCGACUACAAUUGAUGAAAUCAUGAAUUUCCAUACAGUUUUUCUAGACGAGUGCUUAAAAGAAUGCUUGCUAAUGGAUUACGAACUUUUUAUGGUCCUCAACAAAACUAUAUGGUCUUGUGCAUAUUUUGCCGAAAUGGUUCAAAAAUACAUAGACAGUGCCAAGGUGGAGGACCCGCUUUUCAGCCAAGUCAUAGGAUCAGAUUUAAGCAGGCCUAAAUCUACAUAUUCAGAAAAAAGAUCAGCCAAAAUAAAAGAAGAGUCAUCAGUAACCGGCAAAGUUCUGGCUAAAAAACGAUACAAUUUAAUGAUAGAAGAAUAUUCUAAAAGAUUCGACGAAUUUUUAAAGCAGUUUUUACAAAUAAUUCAUAAAAGCAGGAGCAGAAGUGAAGUGCAUUUGAUUAAUUUGGUGAUUAGGCUUGACUAUAAUGGGUUUUAUUCACAGAAGCUAUUAGAAGAAAAAUAA